AUGGGAAAGUCAACAAAAGACAGGCGAGACAUCUACUACCGUCAGGGAAAGUCUGAGGGCUAUCGUGCUCGUUCAGCGUACAAGCUGCUCCAUCUCAAUGAACAGUAUGGUUUCCUUGGCAGUGCGGAGGACUAUGCUCUCGAUCCAGCCCAAGCUUCUUCCUCAACUUCAAACAAUGCUGCUUCAACAUCGAUACCCUCGACAUCGUCAGGCAAGGGCUUUCCCACGCCAACACGAGUGGUCGAUCUCUGCGCAGCACCUGGGUCGUGGUCUCAAGUCCUCUCUCGUCGCCUUGCAUCCGUUCCCGGCUCGCACCUCGUCGCAGUAGACUUACAAGCCAUGGCCCCACUCCCCGGUGUAACACAGAUCAUUGGUGACAUCACUACCCCCGCAACCGCCGAUUCUGUCAGCCGCGCUCUCUCUAAUGGCCCUUGCUCCUCCACCUCCAACUCCAAAGCCAAAGCCAAAGCCCGAGCGCAACUCAUCGUCUGCGAUGGCGCGCCGGACGUAACCGGCCUUCACGAUCUCGACGAAUACCUGCAAUCGCAACUCCUUCUCGCUGCGACCCAGAUCACAUUCCGCCUGCUCGAAGUGGGAGGCACAUUCGUAGCUAAAAUCUUCACCCAGCAUCCACAAGCCGGAUUGAGCGCUUCGUUGGGGAACAUGGAUCUGAAAGGAGCUAGGCCUGCAACUUCAGGUGCAUUAUUGGCGGAUCAGUUGAGAACAUUUUUUGAUAAAGUGGAUAUUGCUAAGCCGAGAAGCUCUAGGGUGGGGAGUGUGGAGCACUUUUUGGUAUGUUUAGGCUUUCGGCCGCCGCAAGGGCUGCCUGCUGGGAUUGUGGGGCGUUUGGCAGAGGCAGAGACUACUAUACGGGAAGAAGGAGAGAGGAAGACGGAGGACGAGGCAAGGGAGGAUUUGGUUCGAUAUGCUCAGAAGCUCAGGUCGCAAUUGCAACGGCCAGAAAGCUUGCCAUACAACGCUCAACCGUCGUCUAGGGAGCUUUCGGCAACACUUCCCUUUGUAGCUCAUGGCGAUCUUAGUGGUUUCGAUCAGUGA